AAUGUUCAAACGUAGUCUGUGACACGUAAACUGUCAUCAGUCGAUCUUUUGCGCGCGUAUUAGUAUGACGUGUAAUACGAAACAUAAAUAAAAUUCAUGUGACGUAAACAAUUGUUAAUAAGUUAAAUGUGAUAAUAUUGUGUUAGUGACAAACAUUCUGUGCAAUCAUUGUUUUUAUUCAUUAUCAUCAUUUUGAUGCCGCAAAUCAAUAGAGUAAUUACAGGCAGCUGGUGCAAGGAACCCGGCGCCACCUUCGAACCAGUCUCCGGUUAAAUUUCACAUGAGUUGGAGAAGCACGGCGUGCACUCUGCUGCUCGCCAUUACCAUCACUGUUUCAGAAACUAACAUAACUCACAAAGAAUCCAUAGCAGUGACAGCAUGUGUGGCGGGAGAUGGUGCCGAUGCGUCACCAGCGUUAGCAGAGUUAGCUGCACUAACAUUACGCAUAGGAGGAAUAAGAGCACAUGCAGUUCCACCACCGGAACUAUGUGUGUCUCCAUCAAGAGCAGACUCAGUCGCCUGCCAAAAAGCAAUCUUCUCAGACCUAGGUCUGGGAAAAUUACACGUAGCGCUCUUAUCAGUGCCAGCGGGUAGUACGCUCUCAUCGUGGUUGCUCAGGAAUAAUGGCUUGGAUGAUCUUGGCGAUGUUAUUAUGUCCCCAACUAGACGGGUGUGUGUGGCCCCACCACCAGCUAGAUCAAUACUGGAUUUAGAAGACGCUUUAAUAGCUCGAAAGUAUUACAUACCACGAGAUACAGCAGUAGAACUACAGGCUGAUAUGCAAAAUAAUAUAACAUUGAAAAACCAACCAAAGCUUCCUAAAUUGUAUGAGCCAGAAUGGUGUAACUCAAAUACAUCAUGUGCAACUAUCUUUACAAGUGAUGUGGGGGAGGCUCGUCUUUUAUACGAAGUAGUAAGGGAAAACUAUCUUCGCGCUAUCGUCGUUCCAGUAGGAGCAAAUUUACACAAUAUCACCAAUAGUAUCAACAAUCGAACGCUUGUUUGUGACUGGAAUCAACAUUUCCAAGAGCCGUUCUACCCUCUGGGUCCUCCACCAUGUAAAAUGGACGCAGAGAAAUGUCACUUUGAAAGCCGCCGUGUUGUGAAAUGGAUUAACACGAGAGCUUUAGCUAGGUCUCCCUCGGCUGUUCGAGCUUUACGCAGAUUAAAAAUCAACUUUUCUGGUUUGCAAGAGUUGGCGACGAAGAAGAGAGAUCACGGUGUCGAGGCUGGUGCUCUUGCCUUUUUGUCUGAUCAUCCAGUUCGCGACAAUGUACGUCAAUUACGUGUAGUCACAUUUUUACCUGAAGACACAAAACGUGAAGUUUACAACUCUUCGGCGUUAAUGGCUGCAGCAGUACUAGCUGCUAGAGAUCUUGAAGGACUUCUCCCUGGAAUUGCAACUUUUAAGGUCCAAACAUAUGACGACCGUUGCAAUGCAGUACAAGCUUAUAAAUACCUAAUAGACGCUUUGGGAACUGGUGACUAUGAUGCGUUGACUGCUGCUGUUGGACCUGCAUGUGGGGUACCAUUUGCAGACGUGGUUCGUCAGGGCCCUUCCCAUCGUCUCCCAGCGCUCGCCUAUACCCCUCAAUCUCCUCCGUCACCCCCAGCGGCCCCAUUGGCGUUAUUAGCAGCUGGAGACGCUAGAAGCAUAGGAUCUGCUGUAGCAGCCUUUUCAACUAGUUUAGGAUGGAGACGGAUGGUAUCUCUAAGCGAAACAGCAACACAUUCAGCCCUAGCAACAGCGAGUUUUGGAGUUGACUUUAUAGUUAACCUGGAGUUACCAGAUGAAAGACCGGAGUACGAUCCUUCUAUUUUUACAUUGUGGGCAGAUCGCGCAGCUCGGGCAAAUGGGCGAAUCAUCUAUAUAUCAGUAGAAGAUGCCCGGGCAGUACGCCACGCAUUAUGUGCGGGUCACAAGUCAGGCCUAACCCCCAGCAACGGUGCUGUCUGGAUCCUGCCUUCUGGUCUUCCACCCAAUUGGCAAACGCCUAAAGGCGAUACAUGUACAGCUGAAGAAAUUGACGAAAUGCUUCUUGGACAUAUUUCUGUGGCCCAGGAGUGGAUGCUACCAUGGCUGGAUGAUAAUACAAAUACCACGAAGUCGGAAGAAAUGGAGUCAUGGGAGUACCGUUGGAGAGAGGACUGUCAUAUGCUAAACAAACCAUGCGACAAGCCAGGUCCGUAUGCAGCUUUGCUGUAUGAUGUGCUAAAGCUUUGGGCCAGCGCUCUCAAAAAGCUGAUCAUUGCACGACCAGCUGCCCUUGACGAUCUUCAUGAUCCUGAACUUUUAAGAUCGUUGGUGACCAACGCAACGCUCAUCAAAUAUGUAGGACUGACGGGGAAAUUCGAAUGGAUUAAACUGAGCAAAGAUGGCGCUAUAUUUGCCCGAUCCUCUCCUCUUAUCAUCUACCAAUGGGACGGUCAGCGUCGACGUGAGAUUGGAAGAUGGUUUGAUGAUAAACUGGAGUUAGAAGAAAAUGCCUUGAAGUGGUACACAGCUGAUGGUCGUAGGCCUGAUGAUGGCCACGAUCGAUGCGCCCUACAGCCCUUAGCCGACUUAUUCAACAUACAAUGCCGUACAUCAACCAUUCUUCUAGUAUCAACUUUGCUGGGAGUUACAAUCGUGAUUUUAUCCGGACUAAUGGUCUACUGCAAGCGGCGGGCAGAGAAGAAGUAUCGGGCAAAACUCGAAGCAUUAACCUUAAGAAGACUUCCACUUGUCAAGGCUGUAGGCUUGGAUCCAUGGGAAAUCCCUCGUGAAAGAGUUGUUAUAAACAGAAAAUUGGGCAUGGGGGCUUUUGGGACCGUGUACGGCGGGCACGCCCUAUUGGCCGAAGAUCGAGGCUGGACAGCGGUAGCAGUCAAAACCUUAAAAGCAGGAGCCAGUAACGAGGAAAAACUAGAUUUUCUAUCCGAAGCGGAAGUAAUGAAACGCUUCGAUCACAAGAAUGUCGUACGACUAUUGGCCGUUAUCACAAAGACUGAACCAGUCUGCACGGUUAUGGAGUUCAUGCUCUAUGGAGACUUGAAGAACUACCUUCUAGCUCGAAGGCAUCUAGCUAACUCGGAUUCUGGAGACGACCCAGAAGAGCAAGUGUCUGCUAGAAGACUGACGGGCAUGGCUUUGGAUAUUGCGAGGGCGCUUUCGUAUUUAGCGCAAAUGAAAUACGUGCACAGAGAUGUCGCAGCACGAAAUUGCUUAGUCAGCGCAAGAAGAGUCGUGAAGUUAGCUGACUUUGGGAUGACGAGGCUUGUUUUUGAGAAUGAUUACUACAGAUUUAGCAGGAAAGGAAUGCUUCCAGUGCGAUGGAUGGCACCAGAGAGUUUAGCUCUUGGGAUAUUUUUGCCUGCGUCUGAUGUGUGGUCGUUCGGUGUUCUCCUCUAUGAAAUAGUGACGUUUGGCUCCUUGCCCUACCAAGGACUUAGUAAUAGUGAAGUGUUGAAUAAAGUGAAAUCUGGACAGACAAUUACACUGCCGACGGGUUUGAAGCCUCAAUUAGAAGGCCUAAUCAAGUCCUGCUGGCAGUCGGAGUACAAGUCCCGUCCCACAGCGUCGGAGGUGGCCGCGUUCAUAGCUGACACUCCUCGACUGCUGUCUCCAUGUCUUGAUUUACCCUUGGAUGCCUUGUCUCUUGACGUUGACUCUUGGAGACUGUCCAAGGAAAGAGCUGAAGCUCGAUGGGUAUCAUGGGCCGCCCCUCCUUCCGCGACCACCGACGUCACUUACCUCAGCGCAGACGCACCGCGGGAAAACGACCGAUUCUUACCAUAGUUAAUUGGUAAAUAUAAUUUGUAAAUACUCAUUCUAAACCAUGGGUAUCGCCUUUCUCAAGGCUAAAUAAGCGUUUAAAACGUUUAACUAUCGAUCUUUGUUUGACAAUGUUUUUUUAAUAAUAUAUAUAAUAUAAUAAUUUAUAGUCAGCAUCGGUAUUCUGUAACUUUCUAAAACGAUUUCAUAGUUUGAAGUUCAUAAGUCUCAAUAUCCAUACCCAAUCUUGGGCGCUAAAAUAAGUACAUUGUAAUCGGAAUCGUUGUUUUAAGUUGCAGAGUACCCGUGCUCAUAGGUACCAGUGCUCCAAUAAGUUGAAUUUUAUAUAGCUAAGUAACCAAAGAUUUACGUUAAAUAUAUAUACAGUACAAAUAUCAAAAAUAAUUUGUAAUACAAAACCGCUUUGGCAUAAUAAUAUUCGUAAUAAUUAACUAAAUUUAUUAACCUAAGUAAAAUUCAAAUUCAAAGCUACUUAGGUUUUAAUUAUAAAAUAUUUAAGUUAAAACCAUUUUUAGUUGCAAAACGGACAUUUCUGUUUAUUUAGCUUCUCCUUUAUUCAAUAAAUAAUUUAUUGAACAGCUAUUACUAAGACAUAGAAAUCGAAAAGCUCAACUUAACUAUAAAAUAUUUUUAAUCUGUUUUAAAGUGACGUUUGUAGAACAAAGUGCCUUUUUACCUUAAGUGUUCCUAUGCAGCUAAAUACUUUCACUUACUUAUAGUUUUAAAUAUAAGGUUUAGAUUAUGCUCAAAUGCUAUUAGUUUAUAAGAGAAUUGGCAUUCAUUUGUUUCCCUAUUUUACUUGGAGAAAUGCAUUGCGCAUACCGCGGCGCGACUGCUUAGUGCGGGAGUGUUAUGUGGGACUCGCGAUUGUGCAUACCCACUAAAAACCCAAAGCACCACCAGCAAUCGCCUUAGGCGGGAUGCGGUAACAACAGAGCCUUAUCAGCUUCCCGACAUGCUAUAUGGUGGUUGCGUCCGUCUCUCCACGCCUAUUGUUAGUUUGUGAAGAUACUUAACACAGCAAGUAUCCUUCACAUAAAUCAACCUUAAGACAAAGUCGUGGUUGUGGUAGACCCUAGACAAUUAUAAGCUUUUAUUUAUCAACUAGUUUAAAUAUAAUACAGUAAACCCCAUAUAACGCGAUAUACGAGUAUUCUCGUAAAACCAUUUCUUUGAACAAUUUAAACUAGGAACACGAAUUUAAUAAAGUUAUUUAGUUUUUUAUAACAACACAGUUGAAACAGGUGCAAAGGAACGCAAUACUAAUUAUGGACUUGACAACUCAUUAUAAAUUUCUCACUUAUAACUCCGCAUUAUAGGGUAGAACAACCGCAUUAUAUGGGGACGGAUAUUGCGUUAUAGGGGUAAUAUAUAAUAAUAUAGCAUCACCCCUACAAAUGUACAAUUUUGGUAUUUUAUGCGACCCCCGUCCGCGAGAAAAUCUCCUCCAGUUUUUUCCAACCUCGAAUCUCGCUCUUUCGGUCUUCCUUUGUUUCUUGUCGAAUGUUUUUGUUUUUCCAGAUCCUUACACUUCAAUGUUUAUGAUAUAUUUUAAUUGUAUGCCUCCUCUGGUAUCCAACAAUCCGACCGUUGAAAUGAAUGCACUAUGGAAUAUUGGCAAAUGACAUAAAAAGAUACAAAAUCCGUAUGUCAAAGUGGUAUAACACGUAUAGAAUUUUUUAUUUUGUUUUAUGGGGUUAUUGAUAUGGAACAACUGUGGGAGGAGUAAACUAUGAAUCUCUUUUAACAACGAAAAACUUAUUUAUUUUUAGUCUAAUAAAACAUUUAAUACAUGUGAAUUGCUUGUCAACUGUCAAAUGACAGCUGUCAUUUGUCGCUGACAGUUUUGAUAUAGAGAAUAUUGCAUUUUUGCUCCAUCUAUGCGAAGUUAAUAUUUGCAAUCGCUAUAUUUUUACUAGAUUUACGUAAUAAAUUCGCAUUUAUAUAAAUAAAGUUUAAUUUAAAACGCGGCAGCUACUUCUGUAAUAAUAGACGAAUUUUGUAUUUUGUUUAAUAAUUUGAUAGUAGUUGUACAUUUAGCGUAAUUGUGUACAAUUAUUUACGUAGUUCAUAGAUUAUUUUAUAUAUUAUUAGAUGCCAUAAUCGUUUACGCAUUUAAUUUUUAUAACAUAAAUAUAUAAUAUUUAAAUAUUUAUACAACUCGGUGUACAUUUGUUUCUAUAACAGUAACGAGACAAAUUCUCGUUCCUAAAAAAACCCAAUUCCUCUGUUGCAUCCGUCUCUUUUCGUCACAGCGGAAGUACAAUUUGACAGAAAGACACGAAAUAGUACGUAAUUUAGAGUGCAAUUAUCCAACAUUCACAGCUAUCUAUAUUGUAAAUUAACUAUAAAAGAUCAAUUUCUGAUCUGUGUCUUUUUGUAAAACGUUACGAUGCGGGUCGGGGAUUGAUUUACGCGUUAUUGUUAAUAUUAUUUUCGACUUUCCAGUACUUUACACCACAUAAUGGUAACUUUUAGGUAUAAAGAAUUACUAAGUGGUCACGAAACACUUUACUAUAGAAAACAGUACAGAAAAACGUUACGGCGCGAUACAUGGGGGGGUUAAUGAUCUCCAAAAAUUGCGUGACGUAAUACUUGAACGCUCCAUUAAGGCCGAUUUACAUGA